AUGUCGUCUGAAGAUAUCGCAGAAGAGAUCAGAUCAAGUUUUCCUGGGACAGAGGAAGUCAUUGUCCAGUACCUUGCUGGAUAUCUUGUGGACGAUGCUGGAGAAGAGGAAGAUGUUCUUCAAGUUGCACAUGAUAUCUUAAAGUCUGUUGCUGGAAACAACAAUGAUGUCCUAGCAAAACUUAUGAUUCGACUUGGCGACAUACUAGAAGAUCAUUUGAACGCCCGAUUAAAAAACAAGUCUCGUCCCAAGUUGCAGAAACUCGACCAGGUUAUGGACAUGAGUAAAUCACAUCUUUCCAACACCCUCAUUCUUUCAGAAGGGGUGGAUCUGGAGUCAAUAAAUAAGGGAAAAGCAUCGAGAGUGGAUGUCAAAAAGCUUGAAAAACAAGAAGCCAAGAUUCAGGCCAAACUUGAGAAACGGGCACGCAGAACAGAUUUGCUAUAUGAAGGUUCCAAGUUACUGGACGCUCACCGUAAACAACAAUCAUACGAAGAAAUGUUUAUGAAAAUUAAUCCUCUGGAGGCUAGUGCAGCAUCAAAAAACAAAUCAAAAGACAUUCAUCUUCCGUCAAUCGACGUCAGCUUUGGUUCAAAUCGUGUUGGUAAAUCCACCCUUCUGCGACAAAUUGCAAUGCGUGAAGUCCCCAUCCCUGCUCAUAUCACGAUUCUAUUUGUAGAACAAGAGAUCGUCGGAGAUGACACUUCGGCUAUUGAUUCUGUACUCAAAGCUGAUGUUUGGCGUGAUCAUUUGAUGAAAGAGCAAGCUCUUCUUGAUGCAAAGUUGACAGAGUUAGACGCCGAAGGAGAUGAUAAACGUUUUGUGGAUGCCAGAGAAGAGCUCUCUGCUAGGUUGUCUGAAGUACACACGAGGUUAUCGGACAUGGAUGCUGCCAGUGGGCCUGCGCGUGCGGCUGCGCUUCUCGCAGGGCUUGGGUUCGAUGAACAGGAUCAGCAAAGACCUACAAAAUCGUUCAGUGGAGGUUGGAGGAUGCGACUUGCAUUGGCUCUCGAUCUUAACGCUUUGGCUUGGUUGGAAGAUUAUCUUCAAACAUGGCCGGGCACUCUCCUUGUUGUAUCGCACGACCGUGCAUUCCUGGACGCAGUGGCCACGGAUAUUGUGCAUCAGCACUCCGGAAGAUUGGAUUAUUACAAAGGAAACUUUACGCAAUUCUAUUCAACCAAAUCGGAACGAGACAAAAAUUUGAAGAAAGAGUAUGAAACACAAAUGGAAUACCGCAAACAUCUACAGGCCUUUAUCGAUCGCUGGAGAUACAAUGCUAAUAGAGCUGCCCAAGCCCAAAUGAAAAUUAAGAUUUUAGAAAAACUGCCUGAUUUGCAACCCCCUGAACAAGAAGAAACUGAGCAAUUCAAAUUUCCAGAGACCGAUAAGAUAUCUCCGCCCUUGUUGCAGAUGAACGAGGUUACUUUUGGAUAUUCCCCUGACAAGUUGAUUCUUAAGGGUGUCAACUUCGACGUCGGUCUUGAUUCACGUAUCGCUAUGGUUGGAGCUAAUGGAGCAGGAAAAUCAACACUAAUAAAAUUGUUGACUGGAGAAUUAAAACCUCUCUCUGGACAUGUAACGCGUAAUGGACGCUUACGAGUUGGUUAUUUUGCGCAACAUCACGUAGAAUCGUUGAUCCCGACUAUGAGUCCAGUCCAAUUUCUCUCUUCGAAAUUUCCCGGUAAGACUGAGCAGGAAUACCGACAACAUCUGGGAAAUUUCCAGAUCAGUGGUAUGACUGGGCUGCAAUCUAUCGGGACGCUUAGUGGAGGUCAGAAGUCUCGUGUAGCAUUUGCAUUACUGUCGCUCCAGAGGCCUCAUAUUUUGUUGUUGGACGAGGAAAGUCCUACCAAUCAUCUUGAUAUUGAGGGGCUUGAUGCUCUCAUGACGGCAUUAGAGAAGUGGAAUGGUGGUGUCAUUAUCAUUUCUCACGAUGAAAGGUUCAUCACGACGGUCGCAAACCAGCUAUGGGUUUGCGGAGACGGCACAGUCAAGAAAUUCAAGGGGGACGUCCAAAGCUAUAAGAACCUCAUUGUCAGCAAUAUAAAAAUGAAGCCCUAG